AAUGAACAAUAUCACACCAUGCUAAAGUAUCUUUGAACUGACAUUGCCCAUGAUUCGAAAAGCUUUACCCAUCCAAGAUAAUUUGAAGAUACACAAACACAAAUCGAAGCUAGCCAACAGGCUCCGAUGGUUAUAAAUAUUCAGAUAACGUGAGUAGCACACACUGAAUCUCGUAGUAAGUUUACGAGAAAUGUAAAACUAUGUAUAUAACAGUAAUUAUUUUUCAAAAGUAGAAUUGAAAAGUGACCAACGAACGUGAUUUCUACUCAUGAAAUCACAAAACACCUUCAAGAUAGCCCUAUCACACAACAUGUGGUUGCCAUUCCAUUUCAAAAUUCAAGUGGCACUUAAUCUUUCCUUUUUGCAUUUCAACAUCUAAAUUCUACACUCAUUGCCUCUAUAUAUACACACAUAUAAACUAACCUGCCUUGCUCACAGACAUCAUAUUACAAAUUUAACUAUUCCUAGCCAAGAUUAUUUUUUUUUUUUAAAAAAAUGUCUAAACUUAUAAUCUUUCUCUUGGCUACCCUAAUCUUGAGCAGCAAUGCUGCUGUUCAAGAUUUCUGCGUCGCAGACUUAAAGGCACCAGAAUCACCUUCUGGCUAUUCUUGCAAAAGUGUUACUAAUGUAACAGUAGACGAUUUCGUUUUUUCUGGGCUUAGUGCUGCUGGAAACACAGCAAGCAUUAUCAAGGCUGCAGUAACCCCAGCAUUUGCGGCCCAAUUUCCUGGCCUUAAUGGGCUUGGGCUUUCUGCGGCCCGUUUAGAUUUGGCCCCAGGUGGUGUUAUCCCAUUCCACACACAUCCUGGUGCUUCUGAAGUUUUACUUGUAACACAAGGCUCAAUUACUGCUGGAUUUGUUUCAUCAGCAAAUUCUGUUUACUUAAAAACACUUAAAAAGGGUGAUAUAAUGAUUUUCCCACAAGGAUUAUUGCAUUUUCAAAUGAGUCAUGCUGGAUAUACUUCUGUGGGUUUUGUGUUUUUUAGUAGCUCUAAUCCUGGACUUCAGAUAACUGAUUUUGCAUUAUUUGCUAAUGAUUUGCCAACUAAGUUGGUGGGGGCCACCACAUUCCUUGAUGAAGCUACAAUUAAGAAACUCAAGGGUGUACUUGGAGGCACUAACUAAGAAUGUGCUUAUUGCGUUUAGCUGUUAAUCUUGCUUUUUUCAUUCUGUUUUUUUAUCAGUAUUUUUUCCUUGUUGACAAUUGGAUUUGGUAAUUUGGGUCUGUUGAUUUUUUUGUAAUUGCUACGGUUUUAUCUAAGGUUGUUUUGUAUCUUUUAAGUUCUGUUGUUUUGAAAUGAACAGCCUUUUUGUCCAA